AUGUAUGGGAGGGAUCCCGUCUUCAAUAUAGAUUCGUUGAUCCAAUACGAUUUGCAGCGCCAUACCCCUAGAGAUGAUGAUUCUCGCGUCUAUAUAGAGAAUCUCGUGCCUACAAUUCACGCAGCCCGGAGGGCAGCAGCAGCUUAUAACGAGCAUCAGAGUCGCAAGUUUAAGCAUCAGUACGAUCAGUCACACUUGGGUCCCCUCGAAGUGAAGGUUGGUGAUCGCGUCUUUUUACGCGAUUGCAUGCCCCACCAAAGGCUUUCUCACAAGCUGUCCAACCUCUGGCUGGGCCAAUUUCGGGUUAUAGAAGUCGAUCAUCCACACCUCACCUUUACCAGCGUUUCGUCCCCUCAGUCCGCGCCUAGGAAAGUGCACAUGAAUCUAGUCAAGAGAUCUUUCGAACUGUCCGGGGCGGUGUUCUCCUCCCCGUGGCUUCCCGCUGAGGAGGGCCGUGCGCUGGGAGUGGCUCAAGCUGUUGAACAAGCGGUGUGCGGUUACAAACAUGAGCUAGUAGCGAAGCCCCAGCAAUCCGUUGAUAUGGUCACACAUACUUAUAACACUCGUUUCAGAUCUCGACGAACUUCGGUUUAG